CAUUUCCGUCUCACUGUAAUUCUCGCGCUCUCACGAUGCCAUUGGUGCAGUCGUGCAUGUUUCAUGGCUCUAUCAGGUUCAGAAACACUACUUGUGCUUCAACUCCUUUCCUCAACGCCAUGUCCCUCAGCCUCAGGUCCACUCCUCUAAGACCUUCUCUUCCUUCUAUUUCUACGAGGACUUUUCACUGUAUAACCCUUCGCCUUCGGAUUUCGUCGUGUUCAACGGCGGUUGAGCUUGAUUGGAACGACAGACAUGGUGCGCCGUUUAAGCAUAGGAAUGUUCCUUUGCCGUUUUGGCAUCAACACAGCUCCAGCUAUGGUCGUUUUGCCUAUCAGGACAUGUCUAGUGAUGAUUCUGAUGUGGAAUUAGGCUCUUCUCACUCUCACCCUAACCAAAAAUUGGGUGAUUCGACCCUCGAAAACAUUGAUGAAUGGAGAUGGAAGCUGACCAUGCUUCUUCGCAAUGAAGAUGAGCAAGAAGUCGUGUCCAGAGAGAAAAAGGACAGGCGUGAUUUUGAGCAACUUUCAGCUUUGGCUACCAGGAUGGGUUUAUAUAGCCAACAAUAUGCAAAAGUCGUGGUCAUUAGCAAGGCACCUAUGCCAAAUUACCGCCCUGAUCUGGAUGAUAAGCGUCCACAAAGAGAGGUAAUCUUACCAUUUGGUGUUCAUAGAGAAGUAGACACUCAUCUCCGCGCCCAUCUUUCACAAAAGGCUACAAACAGGUUAGGUUCUUUGGAUGAUUUCUUGCACAGAUCAAGCAAUGCUAGAGGUAUUCCUGCCGAUGAAGGAAUAUAUGAGCAGCCUGAGCCCAUGACCCAUAAUAGUAUUGUCAAGGAGAAAAUCCUUCAAAGGAGAAGUUUGCAACUGCGUCAUCAGCAACAAGAUUGGCAGGAGUGUCCUGAAGGGAAAAAAAUGCUCGAAUUCCGUAGAAGUCUUCCUGCAUUCAAAGAGAAGGAUGCAUUUUUGAAAGUCGUGUCUGAGAAUCAGGUCGUUGUUGUCUCAGGUGAAACUGGUUGUGGUAAGACCACACAACUUCCUCAAUACAUAUUAGAAUCUGAGAUUGAAGCUGCACGGGGAGCUUUAUGUAACAUUAUUUGUACUCAACCUAGAAGAAUAUCUGCUAUGUCUGUCUCUGAGAGAGUUGCAGCAGAACGUGGGGAGAAAUUGGGAGAAUCUGUUGGUUACAAAGUUCGUUUGGAGGGUAUGAAAGGGAGGGAUACUCGUCUUCUUUUUUGCACCACAGGUGUAUUAUUGCGGAGACUACUUGUGGAUAGGAGUUUAAAGGGUGUAACUCAUGUUAUUGUUGAUGAAAUUCAUGAACGUGGAAUGAAUGAAGAUUUUCUUCUCAUUGUCCUGAAGGAUCUUCUCCCUCGUCGUCCUGAUUUGAGGUUAAUUUUGAUGAGUGCAACCUUAAAUGCUGAGCUUUUUUCUUCCUACUUUGAUGGUGCUCCAACUAUGCAUAUUCCUGGUUUUACAUAUCCAGUUCGAGCUAAUUUUCUUGAGGAUGUUCUGGAAAGGACUGGAUAUCGGUUGACUCCUUAUAAUCAAAUUGAUGACUAUGGUCAAGAAAAAACAUGGAGAAUGCAGAAACAAGCUCAAGCUUUCAGAAAAAGAAAGAGCCAGAUUGUUUCUGCUGUUGAGGAUGCGUUAGAAGUUGCAGACUUUAAGGGGUAUAGCCCACGUACUCGGGAGUCAUUGUCCUGCUGGUCCCCUGAUUCAAUUGGUUUUAACCUUAUUGAACAUGUGCUUUGCCACAUUGUUAAGAAUGAAAGGUCAGGUGCUGUUUUGGUUUUUAUGACUGGUUGGGAUGAUAUAAACUCUUUGAAGGAUCAGCUCCAAGCUCAUCCUUUGUUGGGUGAUCAGAGCCAAGUGUUGCUUCUUGCAUGCCAUGGCUCCAUGGCCAGCUCUGAGCAGAGAUUGAUAUUUGAAAAUCCUGAAGGAGGGGUGAGGAAAAUUGUUCUGGCAACUAAUAUGGCCGAGACUAGUAUUACCAUCAAUGAUGUUGUCUUUGUGGUUGAUUGUGGAAAAGCGAAAGAGACAUCAUAUGAUGCAUUGAAUAACACUCCUUGUUUGCUUCCGUCUUGGAUCUCAAAAGCUGCUGCCCGGCAGAGAAGAGGAAGGGCUGGUCGUGUUCAACCUGGUGAAUGCUACCAUCUUUAUCCCAGAUGUGUUUAUGAUGCUUUUGCUGACUAUCAAGUGCCAGAGCUUUUAAGAACACCUUUGCAGUCCUUAUGUCUGCAAAUCAAAAGCCUACAACUUGGAAGCAUCUCUGAGUUUUUAUCUAGAGCUCUGCAGCCACCAGAGCUUCUAUCGGUUCAAAAUGCUGUUGAAUAUUUGAAGAUUAUUGGGGCCUUAGAUGAUAAUGAAAAUUUGACAGUACUAGGACGCAAGUUGUCAAUGCUUCCUGUAGAGCCCAAACUUGGCAAGAUGCUCAUUUUGGGAGCUAUCUUCAACUGUUUGGAUCCCAUAAUGACUGUUGUUGCUGGUCUAAGUCUAAGAGAUCCAUUUGUUAUGCCGUCUGACAAGAAGGAUCUUGCAGAGUCUGCCAAGGCCCAGUUUGCUGCUCGUGCCUGUAGUGAUCAUCUUGUGCUUGUCCGGGCUUAUGAGGGUUGGAAAGAUGCUGAAGCACAGCAAGCUGGUUAUGAGUACUGUUGGCGAAAUUUUCUUUCUUCUCAAACACUUAGGGCCAUCGACUCUCUUCGAAAGCAAUUCUUUUACUUGCUCAAAGAUAUUGGUUUGGUUGAUAAAAAUUCUGCAACCUACAAUACAUGGAGUCAUGAGGAGCAUCUACUCCGAGCAGUUAUUUGUGCGGGUUUGUUUCCCGGAAUAUCCUCUGUUGUGAACAAAGAUAAGUCAAUAGCACUGAAAACAAUGGAGGAUGGUCAGGUUCUUCUGCAUGGAAACUCUGUAAAUGCUGGUGUACCCAGAAUUCCAUACCCAUGGUUAGUGUUUAAUGAAAAGGUGAAAGUGAAUUCAGUAUUCCUUAGGGAUUCAACUGCUAUAUCUGAUUCUGUGCUGCUCUUAUUUGGCGGGAACAUAUCCAGAGGUGGACUAGAUGGUCACCUGAAAAUGUUGGGAGGGUAUUUGGAAUUUUUCAUGAAACCUGAAUUAGCCAAGACUUACUUAAACUUAAAGAUGGAACUGGAGGAACUGAUAAUGAAAAAACUUCUGGAUCCCAUGUUGGAUACACAAUCGCAUAACGAGCUUCUUUCAGCUGUUAGAUUGUUGGUAUCAGAGGACAAUUGUGAUGGCAGAUUUGUCUUUGGUCGCCAGGUCCUACCACAGUUAAAGAAGGCGACAAACUCUAAAAAUGGCGAUCUAGGUGGGGGUGAUAAUUCCAAAAAUCUUCUUCAAACAUUCCUUAACAGGGCUGGACAUGGAUCACCAACUUACAACACAAAGCAGCUGAAAAACAACCAAUUCCGUUCUACAGUCGUAUUCAAUGGCUUGAAUUUUGUUGGCCAGCCAUGCAGCAGCAAAAAACUAGCAGAAAAAGCUGCUGCUGCUGAGGCUCUUCUAUGGUUAAAAGGGGAUACCCAUUCGCCUGAUGAUAUUGACCAUGCGUCUGUGCUUUUGAAAAAGAGCAACAAGAAAAGUGGGAAAAAAUCGUUCAAUGGUGCUAAAUGGAGUUGAGUUACCUUUGAAAGACCUAUCUUGGAUUGCUUUGUUGAUAGGGUUGUAUACUGAGGAAGAGCUUGUCUAGUUGAAGGCUGUGGUGCAAUGGAUUCAAGGAUCUUUCCGGGCAUAAUUUAUAGUGCAAGUGUACAGAGCUAUUGAGGGAACUUGAAUCUGACAGGUUCAAAUCUGAGCCCUUAUUUUUGUAAAGUGUGAUUGCAUCCAGAGUCAACCUAGACUUGGGGCACAAUUCAAGACGUGUAUUUCUAAAAUUGCUUUUGACUAAUUUGGCCCGGAGGAGAGAUUGGGUGGCUUAGCAGCUACCAUACUAGCUAAAGAAUUCUUGUAAUAGAGGGAGUAAGCAGCUAAAAUGUGUAUCCAUAUGCUGAUGGUGCAUUCUUUUUGCAUUGCUCUUGUGGACGGAGAUACUUUUCAAGAGGCUUGCAAUAAUUCAUUGAGCGGGCAAAACAUUUUUCACACUAAGUCCAGGUAUUUUUUGGAAUGGAUAUGCAUACUUUUAAAUUCCUAGUCAGAUGUCAUAGUUGCUUAGGAAACAUUUCUUAGUUAAUCAGCCUGCUGAUCAUCGAGUUAACAUAUAGAAUAUGUAUUUGAGAUGAAUUUGACUCUCAUAAGCGUAUUAUGAGGCUUCUUGUUACGCCUCCUAAAAUGAAUUCUUUUCAUGCUGAUAUUGUAAGCUUAUAGGAGAUCAAUUUUGAUUUACUAAAUUCAGUCACUGAUUAGAAAAG